GCACUUUGACAGCUAUAGCAAAUUAUUUACAGCAGAGGUCAGAAAACAGAGUUCAACAUUGCUCGACUUCUCUCUUUCUAUAUGACACACAUAAAGCAACCAUUUACAAACAUCAUAGGAAACAUAUUAUUCAAAAAAUAUGGCAGAAGGGCAGAUCCAUUUCAACUAAAAACUUUCAUUCAGUUUCUUAACCUUACUCUAAAAAAUAACAAAUCGUUAAAAUUUUCUCAACCGCCAACAAAACUAGAAAAACUUCCCCAAGAAAUUCUCAAUGUAAUCGAAAAUGGAAAUUAUCCUAAAAGUUUUCCGAAUUCGCUCAAGAAUGUUAGGCUUAGAAAUUGUAAAUUAAAAAUAAUCGAUCCUAGAAUUUUAAAGUUAUCUCAUCUGCACACAUUGGACUUGCAGGGUAAUAAGAUUACUGAAUUACCUUCCAUGCUUUCUUCUCUUUGUUUGCGUAGUUUAAAUAUUGAGGAUAAUAAAAUCGAACAAUUUCCGAAAGAAAUCUGUGCUGGUAACUUGAUGAAAUUCUUGCUACAUUUAAAUUUAAAUGGAAAUUUGAUAUCCAUUUUGCCUCCAGAAUUUUGUCAUUUCAAACAACUGAAUUCUCUAAAAAUUAAUUCAAAUAAAUUAGUGAAACUGCCCGAGAAUAUUGGAAAAUUGAAAAACUUAAAAGUGUUUAUGGCAAGAAAUAAUUGUCUCAAGUAUCUUCCAUUAUCAAUAUUGACACUACAUCUAGAUGUCCUAGAUAUUACUGACAAUUCAUUUAGAAGCAAAGCAGAUUUAUCUUUUCCGAAAUUUGAAGUGUGUUCUCUUUUAGACUGUGCUUUUAUUAGCAUUAAGAAAUAUAACGUACCAUAUGGACCGGGGAUUGUGCCAUCUACAUUAUUAUCGUACUUGGACAGGGACUAUGGUGAAUGUAUAUGUGGUAGAAUUGUCGUUUCUAACUUAUCGUCUACCAUAAUAUUUUCCAACGUGGAAAUAUCAUCAGUGGUCACCUAUUCUCAUCGGUUAAACCACACGGUACCUUUCAAAAUACAUUACUGUUCCUUAAAUUGCUGGAAGAGGCAAAUUUACGGUUAUGCCAAGUGUGUGUAAUUUAAAUUAUAGAUAUGAAACUUUUAAUAAUUUUUAUUUGUAAUGUAAUAGUUGUACAGCAUUGUAUUAAAAUACUUUUAAAAACUUUGAUUUUAAAAUAAUAUGAGCUCAAGAAUAUAAAACGAAGUAUGUAAAGGAAGAAGAAUUGUGUGGGGUUCAGAUAGUUGAGCUUAAGAUACAAUUGUAAUACUUAAAUCUAAGGUCUUAAAUAUUUUAAAAAUUUCCUAUGUACAUUAUUCUAUAUGCAUUAUGUAUGUUUUAAACUCUUAAUUAUAUUAAAAUUU